AUAUUUGUUAUUUGUUGAUCGAAUCGUUUGUUCUUAAUAUUUUUUGUGCGAAUUAUCGUUCUUUUUAAAUAAUGAAGGAAAAGUCAUUAACACGUAUAAGCGACUGUUAUAUCCUGCGAAAUGGUAAAAUAAUCAAAGAAGAUCUCUGGAUACGAAAUGGUGUUAUCGUAAAUCCUGAACAAGUAUUUUAUGUAGAACAAGUUGAAGCUGACCAAACAAUAAAGGCAUUUGAAAAUUAUUUAAUAGCACCCGGAUUUAUAGACAUUCAAAUAAAUGGAGGAUGGGGAAUUGACUUCUCAUAUGAUUGUGAGAAUGUUGAGGAAGGUGUAAAAAAAGUUGCACAGAAGUUGUUAGCCCAUGGUGUGACUUCAUUCUGCCCAACUAUGGUUACUUCAGACAAAGAAAAAUAUGCUAAGAUUCUACCCAAGAUUAAAAAAGCACAAGGAGGUUCUAAUGGUGCAACAGUACUAGGUGUACAUCUUGAAGGACCAUUUAUUAGUUUAGCUAAAAAAGGUGCUCAUGCAGAUGAAUAUAUUAGGAACCCUGACAAGGGCUUAGCAUCACUGGAGGAGGUAUAUGGAUCUCUAGACAAUGUAAAUAUCGUCACAAUAGCUCCAGAAUUACCUGGCGCCCUGAACGCGAUCAAAGGCUUAGCAAGCAAAGGCAUCAAAGUGGCACUCGGGCACUCAUCUGCGAGUCUCGCUGAAGGAGAGGAUGGUGUCAAGAGUGGUGCCAAUUUAAUUACUCACCUUUUUAAUGCUAUGUUACCAUUCCACCACCGAGACCCUGGUUUAGUGGGUCUAUUGGCAUCCACCACAGACAAACAAGUCUAUUAUGGAAUAAUAUCCGAUGGCAUUCACACUCACCCAGCUGCACUCAGAAUAGCCUGUAGGACUAAUCGUGAUGGUUUAGUUCUUGUAAGCGACGCAUUUGCAGCUCAAGGCCUUGCAGAUGGCAGUUACCGUAUCGGGCCCAUGGCCGUGAGCGUUGAAAACGGACGAGCCUACGUCGCUGGUACUAAAACCCUUUGUGGUAGUACCACUGCACUCGACCAAUGCGUAAAAACUUUUAAGGAAUCCACAGGUUGUUCGUUGGAGUACGCUUUAGAAACCGCAUCACUUCAUCCAGCCAAAGCUUUGGGCAUCGAUCAUAAAAAAGGGAAUCUGAAUUUUGGCUGCGACGCCGACUUUGUGGUCCUGCACCCUAAAACACUGAAGGUGAUGUCUACAUGCAUAGCAGGAGACAUGGUUUUUAUCGAUGAAGAGAUUUCGAACACUUAUUUUAAGUCGACCGAUAAUAAUUUGACGAGAUAGGUCUACCUCAAAAGAUUUGGGCAUAUCUUCCAGCAGAGGGUCCAGUUUAAGAAACUAGCUCUAGUAUC